AUGCUAGCGAACAAGCGGAGAGCCGCAGGAGAGGCUCUGCUCUCGCUCACCCUGAUAUCUAAACCAAUAGGCGGAGCGUCCAAAUUGUCUUCUCUAGCGAAAAAUCGAGGCACGGGACUAGCUGGGCUUUCAGGGCUCAAGCUGCCAGGAUCAGGGCUCUCAGGGCUCUCAGGGCUCUCAGGGCUUUCCAAACUGUCAACACAGCCUAAAAACUCGGACGUUCUGGGCCCUUCUCUGUCUCCAAGCACUCCAAGCACCGACAAACCACUUCUUGUUCGGAAAACUAAUUUGGGUGCUUCGUUGAGACAGAAAGCUGCAUUGAAAAAGGCACAAUUGGAGCUGCUGAAGCAGCCUGUUGUUGUCGAGACCCCAUGUCCCCCGGUUGUUAAUCCUGUCUCGGCUGCACCUUCGAAAAGAAAGAUAGAAGAAGAUAGUGAUACUCGUGGCAUUCAGUUUGCACUCUCGGUGACGAAGGAGCUACUUAGUGUGCCCGACAAUGUCAUGUCGGUCUUCCUCUUUGACUCUCCGCAACAAACUUUGCAUCUUCAACAAGGAAAAAAAAGACGACAGUUGGCUCCUCAACUCUUCCAUGCAUAUACUAACAGCGAACCCAAUAUAGUCAAGGCAAAGUCAAAUUUCUCACUGCCCAGUCCGGAUGACAAGGUUUUGGAAGCACAAAAGCAAGCUUUUGCCAAGGACCUUAGUAAGUUGACCAUUAAUGAGCCAGUGCUGGCUGAUAAAGAGAAAAAGGUGCCAGCAAGCUCUAAACCUUUUAAGAAUAUUGACGUGGCCAAGGAAUUGGCAGGAAAUCCAAACUUCACUAAGCCAAACAAGUCUUUUGUCAUCAUUGGCCACGUGGAUGCCGGCAAGUCCACUCUUAUGGGUAGAAUUCUUUACGAUUCAGGAACUGUGGAUGCCAAAACAGUGAACAAGCUUGUAAGAGAGGCCGAAAAGUCCGGAAAGGGCUCCUUUGCUUUGGCAUGGAUUAUGGAUCAAACCUCCGAAGAGAGAUCGAGAGGUGUCACUAUCGAUAUCUGUGCUACUAAUUUCGAGACCCCAACUACCAGGUUCACUGCCAUUGAUGCUCCUGGCCACAAGGAUUUCGUUCCCCAAAUGAUAAGUGGAGUUUCUCAGGCUGAUAUGGCGUUGCUUGUUGUUGACUCCAUUACAGGAGAAUUCGAGGCUGGCUUCGUUAUGGAUGGACAGACGAAAGAGCACACCUUACUCGCCAAGAAUUUGGGAAUCGAUAACAUUUGUGUGGCUAUCAAUAAAAUGGACAAGGAGAACUGGUCUGAAGACCGUUUUGAAGACAUCAAGACACAGCUUCUACAGUUCCUCACGAGUGAGGAUGUGGGGUUCCUUGCUGAGAACGUUUUUUUCGUGCCCAUUUCUGGAUUGACGGGAAUCAACGUUGUGAAGAACGAUAAAUCCACCCCAGAGCUUGCAUGGUACGAGGGUCCUACCCUUGUGGACCGCUUGGAAUCUAUUCAAAUCCCAGGACUCAGUAUUCCCACGGCGGAGCUGCUCGACAAUGCUGACUUCAACCUCGCCAUCAACGAGGUGUACGAUGUGACAAGUUCUGAGUUCAAGGUUAAAGGAAAGAUCUCACUGGGUAUGAUUCAGCCUGGCCAGACAAUCGAAGUUCAACCUACAGAGGAUUACUUACGUGUGCAGUCGUUAUCAUUAAAUGAUAAACAAGUUGACGUCGCCAUUCGUGGUCAAAUUGUCUCGGCAACAUUCAAAAUCAACCAGCUCAAAAACAACUCCACAGAUGACCUAGCUGUUGGAGACAUUAUCCUGAACAUAGACUCCAAGCUCCACUCGGCCAGAACGCUUGAGGCGACGGUGAACAUGUUCAAUAUGGAUAAGCCUAUGUUAGUGGGUACGCCAUUUGUUCUCUUCCGCAACAAUGCAUCGGUGGCCGCGAGAAUCAGCAAGAUCAUAAAGAUUGAUGGUUCAAAGAAGAAGAAAAAGCACUUGGUGUCCAAACAAAGCGCUGAUGUGGAAAUCGAAAUCUUGGGUAACAGAUUGUUGCCAGUAACCAAGUUUUCUGAUAACAAGGCGCUCGGCCGAAUUGUAAUCCGCCGUGAGGGAUCCACAGUCGGCGCUGGAGUCGUCACCGGAGUCGUGGCUCCAGCUUAA